AUGAAGCUCCUCACAAAGGAACAAGAAGCAGAGCACUACCGUCAAACCGUCGUUGGAGGUACCAUUGGCGGUCUCGCGGGUCUCGCCGUCGGUUUCGCCGGUGUGGCCUUCGCCCACCGCCGCUACCAUUUCUUCCGCAACCUCACUCUCCCCCUCAAAGCAUUCCUCGUCACCUCCUCCGGCACAUUCACCGGUAUCAUCAGUGCAGACCACUACUCCCGAGCCUACGAGGCAUCUCAAAACCCCAAAGAAAUCGAGUACCGCCAGCGCAUCUCCGAACAGGCCGAGUUGGAAAAAGCAAACAAAACAUGGACUGAGCGGGCAAUGGACUUUGGCCGCAAGGAGCGCUACAAGAUCGUUUUCGGCUCCUGGGUCGGCUCCAUGUUCGCGGCGUUUGCCCUGGUCAACAGAAACAAGUACCUCACCGGCCAGCAAAAGAUCGUCCAGGCCAGAGUUUACGCCCAGUUCCUCACGGUCGGUGUCUUGAUUGCGACGGCGGCGUUUGAGAUUGCCGACCAGAGAAGCGGCCAGGGCCGGUGGGAGACGGUCAGAUACAUCGACCCCACUGACCCGGAACACAAGCGCAUGCUGGAGAAGCAGGUCGAGAGGGACACCACCAGCCAAUCCGGGACCGGCAGCGGAAACGACGACCUGUGGAAGGAGAUGGUGGAACAGGAGGAACAGAGACUGAAGGCCCGGGAAGAGUAUGAAAAGGAGCAUCACAAGCGACACAAGAACGGCAACGGCAAGAAGAAGCACGAGCAAGAAUAG